AGAGUCGGUCAGCGGAUGUCUCAUAUAUCAACAACAUUAUUAAAAUUGGGAGCUUGAGACAAAAAAUGAAACCUCUAAUCUUAAAUCAAAAUUAUAUGUUUAAAAGUAUUCAUUAGUUUAAGAGAACUAAACUCUCAUGGAUCCUGAAUUUGUGCAAGACCUACAAGAUCCUGAUUACGUUGAAGCUUUCAUAAAAGAAUGGAACGAAAGUCGUUUAGAUAUGUUUGCCCUCAGUCCACCAAACGAGGAUUUGCAGUUUUCUGGAGUUAUGCGGUUUUAUUUUCAAGACAGAGGUCAAAAAGCUGUUACAAAAUGUAUUCGAGUGAAUAAUGAACAGACUGUGCGUAAUAUAAUGCCAAUUCUCAUUGAAAAGUUUUGUCCUGAUAUGAAAAUGUUAGCAACUCCAAAUUAUGAACUAUAUGAAAUUCAUGGAACUGGAGAUGUUAGAAAAUUAAGUUUAGAUGAAAAACCUCUUCUUGUUCAACUUUUUUGGCAUAAAGAUGAUAGAGAAGGUCGGUUUGUAUUAAAAGAUGGAAAUGUUAAAAUACAGCCACUUAAGUUUUUUGAAAUAAACCAAGAUGAAGGACAGUUAAAAAGGCGGCUUUCUCGUAGAGAGAAAAAAGAUUUAAAAAAAAAACGCAAAGAAGAAUAUGACCUUCGCAGUAAAAAUAAUGAUAAAGCUCUUGUUGAUAAAGUUUAUAAUGAACUGCCUGAGAGUAGUCUUACUAGAACAAUAUCUAAUCCUGAAGCAGUUAUGCGAAGAAGGCGUCAGCAAAAGCUUGAGAAAAGGAUUAAAGAGUUUCAAAAUAAAGAAGGACCUCAAACGGGCGGAAUUUUAAAAAUAUUUGCAGAAAGCUUAAAGCCUGAAAUUCCUUAUAAAACUAUUUUAGCUUCUGUUAAAGACAAUGCUGAAACUGUAAUAAUUGCAGCAUUGGAUAAAUUUUUAAUAACAAAAGAACAUCCUAAUAAUUUUUGUAUUGUCAUGGCAAUUAUACCCCCUGCAGACUCUAAAGAUUCUGUAAAUCUUUGUAAAGAAAGAGUUAUUAGGGCUCAUGAUUGCCCUUUAGCUAUUCAGAAUAGUUGGCCUAAGUCAAAAGGUAUUUUAACUUUUCAUUUAAGAAGAAAACAUGGUGUACCGGAGCCCCCUCCAGCUCCAAAGGAAGUUGCGACAACAAAAAGAUCUCUUAGUCUGUCAAUGAACGCAAAAAAAAGUAAAGUUGAGCUUCCAAAAACUCCACCUGCCCAACAGCCUUCUGAUGCCCGAAGAGGAACAUCUGACAAUAUUAGCAAGGAUUUGAUGCCUUACUUUUUAGAACUUACUCCUGAAGGAAAAGAAAUAAAUUAUAAACCAAAAAUAUAUUAUAUAAAACCGCAUGAAACUGUUAUAGGAAGUAGUAGAAAUCCUUCGUCAGAUGUGCAGUACAUGCAACUUUUUUCACCUAAAAUUCUUCCAUCACAUUGUUCAAUUGUAAAUGCAGAUGGAACUGUGUCUAUGGUACCUCAUGGUCCUGAUGCAGAUGUACGUAUACUUGGCAAAAGAAUUUAUGACACUUCACUGUUAAAAUCAGGUGAUAUUGUACAAUUUGGUGGGCUUCAUACGUUUCGAUUUUGUAACCCUUUAGAUGAUGCUGAUGAUGCAAGCAGCAUAGCUAGUGGGGGGUUCAGAGAAUCACUAAUACAUUCAUCAAAUAAUGAUUUACCAUUAAACAAUAAAAAAGAUACUCAUUCUUCAAUAUCACCUGAAAUGAUGGAGCUCAUUCUUAAUGAAAAAGGGAGCAUUGUUGAUGAUGACCACACUCUUGAAACAACCUUUGGUGUGAGUGGUGAAGUGGAAACAAACAAAACGAAAAAACAAAUGUACUCUGCAAAGAGUGUUGACAAUUUACAAGAUACAAGUUAUCAUUCACAAACAAGUAAUUUGCGUGAUAGUUAUCGAAAAUAUCGUCAAUCUGCUCCAGACAUUUUAAAUAGUUUAAACAAUGUGGAUAAUUUACUACCUGCUUCGCUUUCAUUUAUUGAUAAUGGUAAAGAUGCUUUUUUUGCUGCUGUGAUCAGUGAAGUUAAUGGAGCUGCUCUCAGUUUUAAAUUGGCUCCAACUUACACACUUUAUCUUGCUGCUCGCUAUGUGCUUACACAAAGCUUUCAUCCUGGUAUUAACUCAUCUGAACAAGCUCGAUUGGUUGGAAAUAUUACAAAGCAAAUAGCUAUCAGUCUUCAGCAAACUAUUCAGGAAAAUGACUGUUUAGCUGGAGGAUUAGCUUUCUGGAUGGCUAAUGCAUCAGAGUUGUUGCAUUUUUAUCGUCAAGAUAUUGACUUGGGACCUUUAACACAAACAGCUCAAGCUAUACUUGCUCAAUCUAUUCAAGAGGCUUUUGCUUUACUUGUCAAUGCAAUGGAAGAACAGCUCAGUCUUGCUUUACCUGCUUUUCUUGACCCAUCAGAUACAGUUGAUAUUCACCCUGAAGAAUUAGAUGCAAUUUUAAAUGAUGAAGUUCUUGAACGUGCAGAAUCAACAGAACUUCUAAAUUGGACAAGCGAUGAUAACCAUAGAACAUUUAGAAUAAAUGAUGGUCCAUAUGGAGGAACUGUGGGUGAGCAAUGGAUUACUCCAGCUUUGCGUAUAAAACAUCAUGGUGUUCCAAUAAUGGCAGACAUUCUUUACAUCUUAUCAUCAGCUAUGUCGCUGCUUCGUCGAUGCCGUGUGAAUGCUGCCCUAACAAUUCAACUUUUUUCUCAACUCUUUCACUAUAUAAACAUGUGGGUUUUCAAUCGUAUUAUACUAGAGCCAGAUCUUCGAUUGUGUACCAGACUAUGGGGAAAUUGUUUACGUAUUCGUUUGAGUUAUGUUGAAGCAUGGGCAGAAAGACAAGGUCUAGAGUUAGCUGCCGAUUGCCAUUUAGCACGAAUUGUACAAACUGCUCAUUUAUUGGAAGCACGCAAAGAUACUAUUGAAGAUCUAGCUGAUUUAACUUCAACAUGUUUUAAAUUAAAUUCCUUGCAAAUUCGAGUGUUGUUGGAGAACUAUCUUCCUGAAGAUUAUGAACCACUUUUGCCACAAGAUGUGAUUGACAGUAUUGUGAGUAUUGCAGAGAGUACAUCAGAUGAACUAACACACAAUGAUGGUAGAGAAGUGAAGUUGGAAGAAGAUAUUCAGUUGCAGCUGCCUUUUUUGCUUCCUGAAGAAGGCUAUUCUUCAGAUAUUGUACGAGGAGUGCCUCCUGGUUUACAAGAGUUUUUAGAACCUUUAUGUGCAACAGGUUUGUGUGAAUUAAUACUAAAUCAACAGUCAAUGGGUGUUUGGACAGUUUAUCAGGAGCCUUAUAAAGACUCCUUUGAUGAAAGCAGAGACAGUCAGUUGCUUGAUGAUCUACCUGUUCAGCGAGUUACUAUAGACAAAGGAAAGAGUGGACUUGGAUUAAGCAUAUGCUCUGCCAAGGGCGCUCACUCUGAUUUUACAGGCAUAUACAUUAAAGCGGUUAUCAAAGGAAGUCUUGCUGAUAAGGAUGGGAGAAUUCAUGCAGGUGAUCAAAUAUUAAGUGUUAAUGAAAUUGGAUUGGUUGAUGUUACUCAAACUCAAGCUGCGCAAAUCAUGGGUAAAAGUGGCUCUAUCAUAACCAUGGAAAUUAUUAAAGGUGCUGCUUUUUACCAUGGUCUAUCAGCUAUUGUCGAAGAUGAAGUUCCCAAAAAUGUUGAAACAGUUGAUGGUAACACAGUAAAUAAACAAAGUAACGGAAAUGCCAAGUUAACAAAUGCAACCAAUAACAGUAGUGUUGAUAAAGAGGUACAAAUUAAAGGUAAUCCCAAUGACAUCAAACCUUUGCAAAUGAAUUCUGAAGUGAAAAUUGAAACAAAACAAGAAUCUGCAUUGUAUAAUGAACUGAAUUCUGAAAUAAAUGAAAAAUUUAAUGACUCAGAUUUUGAUGAAGAAGGAAAUCUUCUUACAAAAGAGGAAAAAGAGAAACUUGCAAGACAAAAGCAAAGAGAACGCGAAUACGAAGAACGUAUUGCUAAAUGGGAAGCAGAGCGUUUACAAAGAGAAGCAGAAGAAGAAAUUGCAAUGAAAGUUCAGCAGCAGAGAAUGUAUUACAAUAAUACUGAAGAAAUGGAACAAGAGCAUGAAAUGCAAGUAGAGAAUGAGUGCAAUGAAUUUAAUAUGAAUUUUGAGGAAGAAGGCUAUGAUGAUAAUAUGGCUAGAUCUUAUUAUGAACAUCAGUUAGAUAUUGAAAAUAAUCGUAGAUGGAUUACACAAGAGCAAAGGGAAAAGGAAGAGCAAAGGCGGCUACAAUAUGAGCAAGAGCAGAUGCGAAUUGAACAGGAAAUUUUGCAACAAGAGAUAGAAAAGGAGAGAUUAGCUCAGGAACAAUAUAUAAAACAAAAAAUGAUAGAUAAACAAGAGCGUGAAAGAAUUGAACAAGAGAAAGAACAACAGCGGCUAGAAGCUGAAAGAAUUAAAAAGUAUGAAGAAGAACAGGAACAAAUUCGUAUUAAGCGAGAACAAGAUUACCAAAAUGAACUUAGAGCACGAAAAGAACGUGAAAGAAUUGAAAGAGAAAAAGAACAACAGCGGUUAGAAGCAGAAAAAAGAAGACAGCAUGAAGAAGAACAAGAGAAGAUUCGUUUAAAACAAGAACAAGAAUAUCAAAAUGAGCUUAGAGCACAAAAAGAACGAGAAAGAAUAGAAAAAGAAAAAGAGCAACAAAGAUUAGAGGCUGAACGAAGAAAACAGUAUGAAGAAGAGCAGGAAAAAAUUCGCGUAAGACGAGAAGAAGAAUACCAAAAUGAGCUUAGAGCACAAAAAGAACGAGAAAGAAUAGAAAAAGAGAGAGAACAGCAAAGAUUAGAAGCUGAACGAAGAAAACAGCUUGAAGAACAAGAAUACCAACUUAGAGCACAAAAGGAACGAAUAAGAUUAGAAAAGGAAAAAGAACAACAGCGUUUAGAAAUGGAAAUUAGAAAAAAGUAUGAAGAAGAACAAGAAAAAGUUCGUGUUAAACGAGAACAAGAAUAUCAAAAUGAACUUAGGGCUCAAAAAGAGCGUGAAAGAAUUGAACAAGAGCGAGAACAACAGCGGCUAGAAGCUGAAAGAAUUAAAAAGUAUGAAGAAGAACAGGAACAGAUUCGUAUUAAGCGAGAACAAGAUUACCAAAAUGAACUUAGAGCACGAAAAGAACGUGAAAGAAUUGAAAGAGAAAAAGAACAACAACGAUUAGAAGCAGAAAAAAGAAGACAGUAUGAAGAAGAGCAAGAGAAGAUUCGUUUUAAGCAAGAACAAGAAUACAAAAAUAGGCUUAAGGCACAAAACGAACGUGAAAGAAUAGAAAAAGAGCAAUAUAGAUUAGAAGCUGAAAGAAGAAAACAGUAUGAAGAAGAGCAGGAAAAAACUCGCGUAAGACAAGAACAAGAAUACCAAAACGAGCUUAGAGCACAAAAAGAACGAGAAAAAAUAGAAAAAGAAAAAAAGCAAGAAGAAGAAAAGAAAAGAAAGUUGGAAGAAGAAAGGAAUGUCGGUAGUUAUCAAAAUUUAGUAGAAAAAAUGAGAAAAGUAAAGUUAGAAGAAACUCCAAACAAAAGAACUCAAGAAUCAAAUGAGUUAGAUAGAGAAAUGGCAAAUAUUGAUGACGCUUUAAGAGAAGCUGAACGUAUAGCUGCAGAAAUGGACUUUUUAAUGUUUGAGGAAGAACAAAAGAUUGAAGAAGACUCGAUUAAGAAAAGGAAAGAAGAAACGUUUGAUUGGGGAAAGUCAGAUUUUAAGUCACGCGAUGAACGCGACCGACAUAAAAUUGUUUCAGCCAAAAGUUCGAUAGACUUUUUACCUCCUCCGCCUGAAGAUUUAUUAUUUGUUUCGACUCCACAACAAAAUCGCUACGAACCAAAUCGUAGUACAAUAGAAAAUGAUACAAGUCUCAAAUCAUUGAAUAACAAUAUAUUUGAAAAAAUGGUCAAUAAGCAGCAAUCGGUGAAAGAACAUGAAGAAGAAAAAAGUCCUUUAAUUAAAAGAGUUAACGAUCAAUUCAACGAAAAUCGAUUUGAAAAAAAGUCUCCUGCAGUAAAACCGAAGAAUUAUAAGCAAAAUAUUCAAACGUCUAAUAUUGAUUCCCAAAAAAAUAAUAUAAAUAACCGCCCCGGUUUGGCUCCGAAAUUUCCUUCUGUUUCGUCAAAAAGUCAAGAUGGGGCUUCAUCCGACGAGGAUUUAGCACCACCACGCCCCCCUCCUCCUAGAAAUGGUGCUAGCCCAAUUUCACCUUUACAACAAACGAUCCAAAAAGGUUCUAAUCAAAAAAAUGGACAUCAAAAUGUUUCUCUUGACAAAUCUUUUAAUAUGCAGCCUGUUACUAUUCUUAUCAAAGAUGGAGAACCCGAAGUUCUAAAUAUGAAAUCUAAGCUAAAAUUAUUUAAUGAAUUUCAAAGUUAAUUUGAAAAUUAUCAUUCUCAAUCUCAUUCACUCAGCUUCAUAAAUUAUGCACGUAAGCACAAUCGUGUAAUCGAAAAUUUUUUUUGAUUGAUUUGUAUAAAUAAUAAUUUUGAAAGAAUUUUUAUUUAUUUUUA